AAUAUAAAAAGGGUUUCCUUGUUGAGCCUAACACACCAGCCUGCACUCCACACGAGCAGAAGAAAAAGGGCACCGCAGACACAACAUGGCAAAGUUAAUUCUUUUAGCAGGUCUAGGCUUGCUGUUUUUCCUGCAAGCAGCUUCGGCUACACGACUGGUAUGCUACUUUACCAACUGGUCCCAGUACAGGCCUGGAGUUGGGAGGUACCUCCCUGAUAAUGUGGAUCCAAACCUUUGCACCCAUCUCAUCUAUGCAUUCUCUGUCAUCAAUUAUGCCAAUGAAAUUAUCCCAUAUGAGUGGAAUGAUGAGGUGCUCUACCAGAGCUUUAACAACCUUAAAAACAAGAACCCCCAGCUGAAGACCUUAUUGGCAGUGGGAGGAUGGAAUUUUGGCACUACCCAGUUCAGCACUAUGGCAUCCACUCCUGAAAACCGAAACAAAUUCAUCCAGUCUGUGAUUAGGUUCCUGCGGCAGCAUGGAUUUGAUGGCCUUGAUCUGGACUGGGAGUACCCUGCAGCUAGAGGAGGACCACCUGAGGACAAACCAAGGUUCACUUUGCUGGUUAAGGAACUUAUGCAAGCUUUUGAAAAUGAAGCUGUGACCUCUAGGAAGCCAAGACUUAUGCUUACAGCUGCAGUGGCUGCUGGGAAAUCCAACAUCGAUAAUGGCUAUGAGAUUGCUGAGAUUGCCAAAGUUCUGGAUUUCAUCAACAUCAUGACAUAUGAUUUCCAUGGUGCUUGGGAUCCUUUCACAGGUCACAACAGUCCAUUAUACAGAGGUUCUGCAGAUUCAGGCGAUCUAAUCUAUUUCAACAUUGAUUUUGCCAUCAAGUACUGGAGAGACCAGGGUACCCCAGUAGAAAAGAUCAACAUGGGUUUCCCAACCUAUGGACGGACUUUCAGACUGUCGGGCACACAGAAUGGUGUGGGGGCACCAGCUAGUGGAGCUGCCUCAGCUGGACCCUACACUCGAGAGGCUGGUUUCUGGUCCUAUUAUGAGAUAUGCAGUUUCCUUCAAGGCACCACAAUGCAUUGGAUUGAUGAUCAGAAGGUUCCUUAUGCCACUAAAGGCAACGAGUGGGUUGGCUUUGACACUGUCGACAGCUAUGUGACAAAGGUGCAAUGGAUGAAGAGUUUGAAUCUAGGAGGAGCAUUUGUUUGGGCCCUUGAUUUGGAUGACUUCACAGGGCAGUUCUGCAAGGAAGGCAUCAAUCCCCUCAUAUCCAAACUGCGUCAGCUGCUGAAUGUAGAUUUCCCAACAUUACCUCCCCCUAACCCUGGAACUGGGACUACAACUACAACCACAAAGCCACCUGGGCCUCCACAACCUGGCUUCUGUGGAGACAAACAUGAUGGCUUUUAUCCUGACCCCAGCAACCCCAACCAGUUUUUCCACUGCUACAACGGAGUGACCUACAUCAAGAAAUGUGAUGUUGGUCUUAUAUAUGAUGACCGGUGCAAGUGCUGCAACUGGCCAAUUUAAGAUGACCUGACACUGGCUAGCAGAUGACCUCCUGAAAAAACUGGCAUGGACAGUGAUUAUACAUGUCACAGAAGACUAUGCUUAUAAAAAUCAGAAUAUUGUAAAGAUAUUCACAACUUUAAGUAGUAAAGCAGGAAGUAGUGACCUAAUACAUUGUUGUUUGCAAGUAGUGACCUAAUACAUUGUUGUUUGCACUUAAAUUAGCAAUACAUUGCAUUAUUGUCAUAUGUGUGCUUGUCUGUAGCUGAGCUAAUGCUGUCUUGUCACACAAUUGCUCCAAUAAACCUUCAUCCAUCA